AUUUGAUAAGGUCUCAUUGAACUAGCCUUCUAGUAUCAACUAGUGUAUUGUUGGGUGAGGAUAGUACCUACCAACUGCAACCGCUGUUCGAAUUGGAUCAAUGCUUUGGAAGUCUUUUGAUUUGAAUUCAAUAUAUUUCGUGAAUUACAGCAGGCCUAUGAUGACUGUAUAACACAGCGGCUCACUUUGGAUAUGGCAAUAACCAGUUGUUUCAGGUUGCACUGAGCUAGUUGAAAUCUACUAACCAAGCUAUCAGGAAAACUUUGAAAACUGAAUGGAAAGUGAAAAAUAAAAGGAUACGGUGAUGCAGGAAAAAGAAAAACCAAUUCUUCAGAAAACUGGAUGAUUGGCUGCAUGCAUGGCCGACAUAUGAUUCCAAACCCCUCCGUAUUCUACUUGGAACAGGAUUGUAACAUAAAUUCUGAAUUUCACUGUCUAGUAUUAAGUAAGUAAGUUAUGUCAUUAUUAUCAAGUCAGCGUUAAUUGUUGAUUUUCUGAAUUAUCAUUAUUUUCAAAAUGGAUGCCAGUGUGAGCAAUCACAGAGUCAUCAUGGAAUAUUUGCAGAUUCCUUCAGAGAAUGAUUCACAAAUUUCACAAUCGAAUGACCCCACAUCAAAGGAUAAACAUCUUUAUUGUCUGAUCAUCGAAGAUAAUCUAGAGUCUAUGACCAAAAAAAUGCUAGAAGAAGUUCACACACUUGUAACAUCUUAUAAGCAAAAAGAUAUUGGUGAAUCAGUAGUCCCUGAACCAGAUGAUGCUGUCACAAUGACUGCACCAGCUGAUGUCAGAAUGACUUCACCAGCUGAUGUCACAACGACAGCAACAGAUGAUGCUGUCACAAUGACUGCACCAGCUGAUGUCACAAUGACUGCACUAGCUGAUGUCACAAUGACUGCACUAGCUGAUGUCAGAAUGACUUCAUCAGCUGAUGUCUCAACGACAGCAACAGAUGAUGCUGUCACAAUGACUGCACUAGCUGAUGUCAGAAUGACUUCAUCAGCUGAUGUCUCAACGACAGCAACAGAUGAUACUGUCACAAUGACUGCACCAGCUGAUGCCACAAUGACUUCACCAGCUGAUGUCACAAUGACUGCACCAGCUGAUGCCACAAUGACUGCACCAGCUGAUGCCACAAUGACUUCACCAGCUGAUGUCACAAUGACUGCACCAGCUGAUGCCACAAUGACUGAACUAGCUGAUGUCACAAUGACUGCACCAGCCGAUGUCACAAUGACUGAACCGGCUGAUGUCACAAUGACUGCACUGGCUGUUGCAGUCACAAAGACUGAGUCUGUUACAGGUCAAAUAUCAACAGACAAUUAUUGCCAACAACUGGUGAUUGCACCAGAAAACAUAGAGGUCACAGAUAACAGUCAACUUGAAUCAAAUGGAAAAAUCUAUGGUAAUGCAAGUGUUGAGAAGAUUUUUGAAGAUUAUACAAAAUUCAUUCUCAAAGACAAUGAUAAUGAGGGGUACACAUCUAAUUCCAGAGGUGAUGCACUUAGUUUUGGUUUGCAAUAUCUGGCACCAGCAUUGAAGGAUACAUCAGUUACGUCACUCAACCUGGGAUGGUGUGGCUUGAGCGGCCCAACAAUCAUUCAUUUCGCAAAGAACUUGCACAGCUCAAAUUUGAAGAAACUGAUAUUGUGUGCAAAUGAUGUACAGGAAUAUGAUGAGAGAGUUUUCCAAAAUGCAUUCAAAGAUUCUGGAAUAGAAUGGUUGGAUGUGGAGGCUGAUCCAAUAUGUGAUCCUCUGUCUUCUUAUGAUGACUAUGAUGGUCCCCCAAGUGAACUUGAUAUGGAUUAUCUUGACCAAUGUCAGAACAAUCCUGAGAGAACUACACUCUAUGUACAAUACAAAAAGCAAAUUUUGGAGAAUGGGCCAUACUUUCUUUCACCAAUUUUGAAAAGUUCGUACAUUGAGAAUCUUCAUAUGGGCGGUAACAGUUUGAGUUGUGAUCAUAUGAAGCUGUUUGCUCCAAGCCUGAUGGAGACGAAGCUGACUCAUCUGGAUUUGGGUCACAACAAAUUAGGCUAUGAAGGUAUCAAGUAUUUGGCUUCUGCUCUGAAAAACACUCGAAUCACUCACUUGAAUCUUCAAUUCAACUCACUAACAUGCAAUACUCUGAAAAAUCUUGUGUUUGCUCUGCCAGAGACAAAAAUUACUGAUCUCAAUCUCAGUGGCAAUGAUAUUUGCUGCAAUGCCUUUUAUUUAGCUUGUGUUCUGAAAAACACUCAAAUAUCUGAUUUAGACCUGAUGUCUUGUGAUAUUACUAAAACCAGUUAUUUGAAACAUUUAAUCAAGAACUGUUUUCAAAUUUCAUCAGAAGACAAUGAAAUCAAUGUGAGUGGUUAUAAUUUGUGUUCUGUUAUUCUGUAUAAUAUAUCAUGGAAAAUCAAGGAAACAAAUAUUAGAGAUCUUAAACUUAGCCAUAUUGGCAUCAAUAAUGAUGACCUUGAAUAUCUGUGUCAUGGUUUGGUGGGCUCAAAAGUGAAAUUACUCGAUCUAAGUAAGAACAACAUGAAUUGCAAAAGUGUGCAAAUUCUGUGUGGUGUGCUUGAACACACUCACAUUUCUCAUUUGGAUCUAGCCCAAAACAGAAUAUCUUGUGAUGGUAUCAAGCACUUGGCACAGGUUCUCCCAAGGACUAGAAUUUCGAAAUUAAAUCUGGCUGAGAAUGGGAUCACCUGUAUUGGUGUGAAACAUCUAUUCAAACAUUUAACACAAAUUGUGGAUCUCACAUUAAGUAACAAUGGGAUAGAUUGUGGAGGUGCUCAACACUUGGCUGAAGCUUUGAGACAAUCUCAAAUUACAAAAUUGGAACUAUACAAGAACAAAAUAGGAUUUCCUGGUUUAAAGUGCAUCACUGAUUGUUUGAGAGAUUCUCAACUGACUUAUCUUGAUGUAUCCAAUAAUCCUCUGACAGCUGAUGACAUUGAAUAUCUAGCUAGCAACUUGGAGAACACCAAGAUUCUUAAACUUAAUCUUCGUGGCUUGAAGAUUUCCCGAAAGACUGCCUAUCGAAUAUGUGAAACAGUUGUGAGUUGCAGCAGAAAAUAUUCGGCUAAUAUUUACAUGGACUCAGCAGAUGAUGAUUUCAUUGAUGAAAUAAUUGCUCCACCUGUUGUUUAUGAACCUCCUUGGCUAGAAACUCGUGAAGAUAUUCUGAGGGAAGAUCCUUUUGCCUAUGAAUAUGAUGAUGAGGAAUAUUGGCCUACUGUUGAGGAAUCAGUAGCUCAAAAUGAGCCUGCAUCUAAAAAAGAUAAUGAGCUUCAAUUGGAGAAUGAUAUUCUUCUGUUCAGGUUCCCUGGUUACACUCUUGAAAAUACUGUCACAAAAAAGAGGAAUAGGAUCGAUCAUUUCAUAAAAAAUGUUUGUAAUGGAUCACAAAUCACGAAGAUAAUUGUAGAUUCUUCGUUGAUGGAAGAUUAUGGAAUAUUGAGUGGAGCAUUUGAUGGAAUCAAUAUCAGUGAACUUAGUUUGUUCAAUAGCAGUAACUUGGAUGACAAUUUUCUCCAACUUUUUAGAAACAGUAAUAUAGCUGAAUUUAUGUUUAGUUAUCAGCAAUAUUUUGUUGAUGAUGAUUUGAAUUUUCUGGCAAAAUCUGCUCAUUUGAAAGUUAUUUCAUUGAAGCUGGGAAAUAUAAAGAAUCCUCAUUUGUCCAGUUUGAAGUCAGCACUUCUGAGUAGUAGUAUGAGGUAUCUCAACCUCAGUGACAAUAAACUGGGAGAUGACGAAUUUGACAUGCUAACACAAACUUUGACAAAUUCCAGAAUAAUUUCAUUGAAUCUAUGUGGUAACAACUUGGGGACAAGGAGUGUUGAUUUACUAGCAGAUGUGCUUCCCAGCACCAAAAUCACCUUCAUUGAUCUCAGCAGAAAUAACCUGUGUUACUCGGAAUUGGAAUGUCUGACAAGAGUUGCUGAGAAGACAGAUGUGUGUUGGAUUGAGCUGAGUGACAACCACAUUGAGAGUGCAGAACUGCCGGCAGGUGUCAGCCUAUCUCCAUACAUAGUGCCCAGGAAUGAGACUCCACAUGUAUUCCAAAUGAGGUACGACUUCAAACGAAUAGUGGCGUUGAAUGCAGUUGGUGGUGAGUUGGAAUUUGUUCUUCCCAGGACGGAUGAAAUCAGUUUUACAAGUCUCAGUUGUUAUCCCAGAUUGGUGAAAUCCCUGAUGGAAACACCAGACUCCAACAUCCAUUUGUAUGAUGUGUUCUACAUGGAGACCAAACGGCACGACAUUGGAGUUAUGAAUGCUAUCAACAGGUUCAUGAAAGAAAUUAGCCAACGAUUCAUGGAGUUCUUUGACAGGUGUAUCAUCGAGCUAGGAAAGCUGUUUAGUUGUGACUGUUUCAUAGACCUGGUGAAGGCAUGUGAUGAACUCCAAUUGAUUGAUUGCGUUGAACAUAUCCUCUUGCACAGGGCUCUGUUCUAUGUUGACACUGAGCAAAAUACCUUGCAUCCAUUCAUCUAUAGGAUGCUCCACAAGUGUGGCAUGCCUCUUUACAAUGAAAGCCUCGAGCCCAACAAGAGACAGCAGAUUGUUGACUACUUCUCGAAGCAUGCACAAAUUGAUGGUGCACAAGAAUUGAUUGACUUGUUGUCAGACAAAGAGGUGUCUUGCAAGAGGAUGAGACAUGUUUGAGAGGAGCGAAAGAGAGUUUGAGAAAAUCAUAAGUAAUUUAUGGUGCAAGAUCCAAGAUCCAUGAUGGUCUUCCUAUAGACCUUUUAGGUGGAAAGUUUGCUUUAAAGUUGCCCAAGUUUGACAAACAAACAAUAGUACACGAAUGUUCAGUACCAUAUGUCAACCAGCGUCCUAAUGACCGUCCUACAGACCUUGGGUGGAAAGUAGGCCUACUUAUAUGUUGCCCAAGUUUGUCGAAUGAUCAGUAGAGCACGAAUAGCAAGUAGGUACAUCAACCAGGGUCCUAUUGAUUGAUAAAAUACAAGCUAAUAAUACUAGUAGUCAGCUAGUUUCUGAAGUAGGAAGUUAUCUGACAGCUACCUUGUGUUGUAAAUGCAUUAAGCCCCAGGGAUCAAGUAACUGAAAUUACCACAAUAUAUUUGAAACUGAGAUUUUCAAGGUGUAGGUUCUAACUAGUAGCAUUGCACAUUGAUGUAAUAAAGUGUAACAUUAGUGAAACAGUAGUGUAACAUCAGUGUAACAUCAGUGUAACAUUGGUGUAACACUAUUGUAACAUUGGUGUAAAAUUAUUGUACCAUUAGUGUAAUAUUAGUAGUAGCCUAGUCUGAACUUGGAUUAGAGCUCAAGCUGGGUUUGGAUGUAACAUUGGUGUAACACUAUUGUAACAUUGGUGUAAAAUUAUUGUAGCAUCAGUGUAAUAUUAGUAGUAGCCUAGUGUGAACUUGGAUUAGAGCUCAAGCUGGGUUUGGAUGAACACAGAAUUCAAAUAUGUUGGAAUAUUCUACUCAAUCAAACCUCAAUUUGAAUAUUGUUAGGUAUUCCAAUGCUUGAUGCAAUCUAGAAUCAACUGGAUAAUAUCGGUGGACAUUCCUAUGCAAUUAUAUAAUAUAGACUUUUGUGUGAACUAUUCAGAAUCUUCAUCAAGCUAUAAAUAUAAUGUCAAUAGAACAUUCCCAGGAAGCACCUAUUGAUAGGGAAAAAUUUGCCUCUAAAUAAUACUUAUUGUGUGUCAACUGUUUUUUUUUAAUUCAAUGAAGGACAUUAUUUCUUUAUUUGAUAUUGAUAGGAAAUGUGACAUAUGUACAAUGGAAAAUUUCAUGAGAUAAAUGACAAAUACUGUAGAAUACAAAUAGAUGCUAUUUUAUUUUUGUAAAUUGUCAAUUUCAUUUGGUGUCCAGAAUAAUUUUGAUGAAGUCUCGUUUUGAGGUACUGCUAGUACACUAGUACAUUCAUGUAUACUAGUAUAAUAAUAUUAUGAUAUAGAAUACGACUGAUUGAUGACUGAGGAAAUAUCAUAAUAAUUAUGUUUCAUGGCGAAAAAAAUAAUAUUUUCAUUACGAUUAACCUGGAAUAUGUGUUGUGUGAUUCAAUAUUCUUAAUAUUGAAGUAUAUUUUUGUUUUUACCUCAAUUGUAUUUGUAUACUGUAUUAUGAAUUAUAUCAUUAUGAAUAUUCUCAAUAUAAGAUAGUAUAUAAGAGACUUAAUAAUAAGAGCCUAACUUAAAAGACUGUGAUGUAUUUUUACAAAAUGGAAAGUUAUUCAAAUGAUUAUCUUCAGUUCCAAAUGAGAAGUAUCCAAUGAAUAUUUUAUAAGCAUAAGAAAAUGUUUGAUGGUAUCUGCAAAUAUUCAAUUAUUAGCCUAUUUGUCAUUCAAAGUAGCCUAUUUCCUUGAAAGUAUAUACCAUACAUUGAAAUCUUGUUUCCAACUCCACAAAUUUGUAAUGUCAAAUGGAAUCAGUUUUGUGGAAUAAUCUAUGUAUAAUGUUCUAAUGUCUAGAUAUUGUGGAAUAUCUAGCAUUCUGGUAUUAUUAUGUUGAUCUUGACUAUUCGAUUGAUGACGUCUAUUCAAAUAUUGUACAUUGAAAAUUAUUAAUCAUUCAAUUAAUGCAAUCAUGAAGUGACUAUUAUACUUGAAGUAAAUAGAUUGUUCGAAUUUCUACAGAUCUCAUUUGUGAAACUGUGAGAUCAUAUAAAUAUAAAAAUACUUUAAGCAAAGGCAACUCUAUGAUGCCCGCAUUAUUGAUUCAGUUGUUUUAUUGAAAGUGUUAUUCAUAUUAAAUUUUAUUCUUGAAUUGUAGUUUAUUAUUAUCAUUUUCAUGCACUGUAAUUAAUAAUCGUGGGUUAAGUGGAAGAGGGGGAUCUUAUUGUCUCAAUUUCGCCCACAUUACUUUUGAAAUUGUGAAGUGUAAAUGAAAGGGAUUUAUGUAUCUAUCUAUCUGACAUUUUCAUAUGUAUCUGGUACCAUUUUAUGUACCUUUCCAUAAAUUUCUUAUGAUGUACCUUGUUUUUCUUAAUGCAUUAAACGUAUAUAAAGUUUGAAGAAACAUAAUAGAUAUUUGUUUAUCUGUUUAAAUAGUGUCUAUUUGGAGUUGAGUUAUUGUUAUAAUAUUUUAUGAGUUUAAAUUGGUAAUAAUGUGUGUUUACUUGGAGUUGAGUUAUUGUUAUAAUAUUUUAUGAGUUUAAAUUGGUAAUAAUGUGUGUUUACUUGGAGUUGAGUUAUUCGUUAUAAUAUGUUUUGAGUUUAAAUUGGUAAUAAUGUAUCCAAAUUAGUUAUAGUUAUGAAAAUUGGUGAGAUGGAGCGGAAGUUCUAUUUUUCAAAUAGCUAGGUUAUAGUUUUCAAAAUCGCAUUUAAAUGAUUAUUUUUUGUUCGUUUUGAAAAACAUUAUAAACUAUCAUUCUUGUUUGUCUCAAUUCGAAUUCAGAAAAGAAGAAUCUCUGUAAUUUUCUUGUAUAAUUUUUCAAAUCAAAUGUUUUGUUCGUCAAAAAUAAACUAUUCAUUGUUUCUCAUAUUA